UACUUCUGGUUCACUCCGUGCAGCGGAUCACUCACAUUCAUUCCCUUUAGCGAUGAUACUUUAUUUUAUAUUAUUCACAAGCUGCACAGCCGUAUGUAACAAAACCCGCCUGUUUGCUAUCCUGGCUCCAAAAUGGUGGAAUGACCUUCCUUCCUUCCGUCGCAGACAGAGACUCAUCUGUUUUGACUGCACCUCAGCGAAUGAAGAAAACAAAAUAACUGUUCUUUUCAUCCCGGAGGUCCCCAGGUCCCCUGUGUCCGUGAACCACGGCCACACAGCCACGUUACCAUGCUGGCUCAAUCCCCCACAAAGUGCAGAAGCUUUGGAGGUGCGCUGGUUCCAGCCCGAUCACUUUGACUCCCCAGUCAUGCUUUACCAGGGAAGACAGUUUGAGCAUGCAUCCCAGGAAGCUUCGUACGUGGACCGCGUCUCGUUUGGCCUGAAGGAUGCAGCGUCUGGUGGGCUGACAGCAGGAGAUGUGAGCCUGAAGCUGGAAAAUGUCACGCUGGAGGAUGCAGGAGAUUACACCUGCUACGUGAGCAGUGAUCAGGGUUAUGACAGAGCAACUGUCAGGCUCAUUGUAACAGGUGAGGGAUGGGGACCCCCCCCGCUCCUGUCAGCAGCGUGGGCAGGAGACAACAUGGUGAAUCUGAGCUGUCAGUCUGAAGACUGGUAUCCAGAGCCCGGGCUGCUCUGGGCCGAUCAGAAGCACGUCCUCACCCCGAAGAGCCUGAAGUACAGCAAAACCUCCUCUGGUCUAGUGUCCGUGCACAGCUGGCUCCUCGUGUCCAGCUCCACUCAGGUCUCCUGCUCAGUGGAGACCAAAGAGGCCAGGGUGUGGCUGGAGACUCCUCCCGCUUCACACAAUUCUGGGUGUUUAGCGGCCGGAUGGGCAGCUUCCGCUCUCCUCGCAGUCAUGCUGGUGUCCGCUGCAGUGCUGUUCUUUACCAAGAGAGAGAAGAAAGCCAAACCGGGAGAUGAGCACGCUGAGGGUCAGAAGCAUUUACAUAACGUUCAUGAUAAACUUUUACCAAAAGAAGUGAUCCAGCCAACACAUCUAUCAACAGCCUACAAGUGUUACGCUAACGUUACACUUGACAAGAAAGGAAAUCAAUACCUCAAAAUCAUGAAUGGUAGGUUUAGAGACAGCCAGUGUGAUUUUCCUGAUGGACAAAGGGUGACCUGUCUCACGGCGAUCAGAGGGACUCCCGGCUUCUCUAGUGGACAACACUACUGGGAGGUUUCUCUGGGGAACACACAGAGUCUCAAACAGUCCUGGUGGGUCGGGGUUACAAGUCAAACUAUCAUCCCUCAGCAGCUAGACUUUACUCCAACUACAUCCAGCGGUUUCUGGUUCCUCUACUGCUGCCCCGACAGAGCAGGCAGCUUUCAGUUGAGCACAGAAUCACAGGUUGUCCUGCCCGUGUCCUCCAUGCCGCAGACGCUCGGGGUGUAUUUGAACCACGACAGCGGAGAGCUUUCCUUCUAUAAUGUGAAGGAUAAGAGCGUCAUUGUUAGUAUCACAGCUCACUUCCCUGGUGAAGUGUUCCCAUUGUUCAACCCUGGUAAAGGAGACAAGGAGCCGAUGGAGAUAUUACAGAGGGCAGAAGAGGGCCAGGCUGUUGGACAUCAUGGAGACCUGUUAGACUGAAAUGUCCUCAGCUUCUUUUUUAUGUUCGCACUCGUAGAGAGGAUACUAGAGGGUUUUUAUUUAGUUUAGUGAAAUCUGUGGGGUGACUGAAAUGGGUAACCACCCAACAUAUGUGAAAGGGACUCCCUAAAAACACGUGUUUCACCGGGGUUGCGUGGUUUUACUGAUGAAGUAGCUUACUACUUUUAAUCAAGUCAUGCUAACAUUAGAACUUCAUAUCAUGUGUAAUACACAUAUUGUAUGAUAUUUGCUGGCUGAAAGGCUUGAAAACACAGAGGGUGGAGCUGAGGACAACAUUUUACAAAUAACUUUGGUGCCGCCCUAAAGCUGACGCUGCUUUAUCCUCUAUUUAACUCUAACGGCACAUAAGUUACUAAAUGAACAUCAUGUGUUGAAGAAGACUUGAAACUACAGAUUGAGACUUAAACUCAUCAGGAAAAUGUUUCCUGAGGUAAUAAAUCAAGAGAGAAGUAGAAACAUUUUCUCAUAGCCUUCUAUACAAUCUGACUUCUUUCUGCUGGAUAUUAGAGAAGAUGCAGCGAAGUCUAGUCGCGGUUGCUAAAUGAAUAUUAGUAUAUUAACUCCUGUAGGGUUAAUCUUGGGGUUAAGACAAAGAUUAUGGUAAUAAACAACUUUUUAGGUUACGCUUUUGCUAGCUUGUCCAAAAAGUGACCCAAGCCCCCAAAGCACCAGACACACACACACACACCGCUGUGUGCCGCAGGACGUGAGGCACCACCCGGGGAAAAAAACCUUUUUAGGGAGUACCGUUUGAAACAAGUCGUGCUAAAGCUGAAAUGUCUUUUGUCAUAUUAUUAUUAGUGAAUCUGCAGUGCAUACCAAUGCUGUGAUUAAAACUGUCUUUUUGUUGAAGCUGUAAGAAGUGAGAAUUUAGCUCAAUAGCUAAUGAGAGGUUUCAGGUUCAUCUGCACCUCUGACUCUCCGCAGUCUUUGUUAGUGAGCGUCAUCAUAACGCACUUCUCUGCUCUUUGGAGGACUUUAUGUCUCUGACUUUUAUUCUUGUCUCAAAAUAUUAGUUUUAUAACCCAUUGAUCAGCCUUUCUGUUAUGUCCACCAGCUGUAAACUUUAUUACAUCUUUUAUAUGGUACUCUGGAAGUUAAAUAGAUAAUGUUGUGUUUCUGUCAUUUGAUUUGAUUUUUGGAACACUUUAAUCAGAUUUAGUUAUUUAACUUUGUAUUUUUCUGCCUUUUGGUCCUGUAACCAUUCUGUUAAUACAAAUAUAUAAGAAUUAUGCAGGAAUAGCACAGAGGUGCUCAUUCAGGUGUGUGUGACAAACAUCAGAUUGUGAUUAUGUUGGUUUCAUAUUCAUACUCCUCUUUCACUGUGCUCAGUUUACUUGUAUUAAUUGGAGUAUUUGGUAAAAACGUAUUGGAAAGGCUAAGAAAUUUUAUACAUUUAAAUCUCAGUUCUUUUGUAAUCUUACCUUCCUCUUGUUUUAUUUGAUAAAAUAAUCUUUUCUCUAUUGAUUUUCAGCAUCCCUAUCACCUAGCAUCAUUUCCACCUGUUGAUUAAAUACUGUCCAUCUUUUUAUAUAAAAAUAAACUAUAUUUACUGCUUUGCAGA